CAAUAUUGAUGGCCUUUGGGGCAACGUUGUUCCACCGGUCAUGAGUGCUUAUUUCGAUGUACGCUUAGCAAUCCAUGCAGAUGGCGACAUAUUUGAACAAACAAUCAAAAGAUGGGCAAAUGAAGCAGGAAAAAACAUUGUACUCGACAUAAACAGGGGCAUAAAACCACCGCCAACGGACGUCAAUAGUUCAAAUCAAUACUGGAUUGCUUUUAAAAACGCCACUGAUAAAUUAGGACUAAAUGUGACUCCAGCUAUAUCUCAUGUCGCUGCUCAUCCCCGCACUUGGUUUCUCACCCAUAAUGAACACAUGCCCUAUGUUGAAAACGAUGAAUAUUUGAAUGCCGAUGUUUACUUGAAAGGAAUCGACAUAUAUGAACAAAUUAUCGAGAAAAUUGCAAACAUGGAAUGAACUCCAGCCUUAGAACAUUCAUUUUUUAUUACUCUAUGCAAUCCAUAGAAGCUCGAUUAUGUAUCAAACCGAAUUUUUUUUUUUUCGAUUAUCAAUGUCGGCGUUGGUAAUCCACAAAAAUAUGUGAUCAAAAAUAAAGCAAAAUAAAAUCUUUUUGUGAACAAAUCGUAAAUCACACAACACA